AUGAUGGGAUCUGUUGGCCUGAAAGGGUCCGGCGCAGCCGCUGCAUUCGCACGCCAGAGGAUGACCGCCAUGUCCCGGUCCUCUCGACCUAUGUCCACCUUGCGGUCACAAAGUCUGCGGUUUCCUAGCCAGCGGGGCCAAUUGAAGUCAGCACUAUCCGGAAGUGCUCCCUGGCGCAUGACACCAGUUGUUCUCGGCCCGGCUGCAGUCCGAUUCAAUUCCACCUCCUCCGACAGAGCACUCCCCGAAUUUGCUUUAGAUGGCACCCUGAAAAAUGCAGUCAACAUAAAUGAUAUUACCACGAUUCCGGAGUCCAUGGGAUACCUUAAGCAGCUCGGCCUAGACUUUGGCUGGGGCUUCACGUCAACAAUGCAAUGGCUUAUCGAGCACACUCACAUCUGGACCGGCUUGCCAUGGUGGGCUAGUAUUGUGGCUGUCGGUAUUGUUACUCGUAUAGCGAUGCUGCGGCCAGUCAUUAGCGCAUCCGAGAAUGCAGCAAGAAUGACCAACGCGAAACCCAAGAGUGACCCCCUCCGGCAAAAAAUGAUCACUGCCACGAACGAAGGGAACCAGCAAGAUGCCCAGAUCGCAAGGGCCCAACUCAAGGAGAUCAACGACGAGUUCGGCAUUAAGGCAUGGAAGAGUUUUGUUCCCAUGUUGCAAAUUCCACUUGGUUUCGGAUGUUUCCGAGUCGUGCGAGCAAUGACUUCGUUGCCGGUGCCGGCCCUGGCCGCGGAAUCAGCGGGAUGGAUCAAGGAUCUGACUGUUGCUGAUCCCACUUACAUUUUGCCCAUGAUGGCUGCGGGAACGCUGUGUCUAUCUCUGAGGAAAGGUGGUGAAUCCGGCGCAAUGCCCUUGAUGCAAAGCGAAGCAGGAAAGUAUAUCAUUUAUGGUUUCCCUGUCAUGUCUUUUGCCUUCAUGGCAUUCAUGCCGAGUGCCCUGCAGCUCUACUUUGUGGCAACCGGUCUUUUCGGUCUGGGUCAGACUUACCUGAUCAACUCGGAGAGCUUCCGGAAGAGGCUGUCCCUGUCGAUCGCUCAGAAGCCAUCUACUGGACCUAAGUACUCCGCAGUCACCCAAAACACAACAAGCAAGGGGCUUCGCUCUCUGCUGGAACGACUUGAGCGGGAAAAAGCCGCGCAAGAGAAAGCACGCCUCGAGGGCACUGGAGCAUAUGCGCCGGAAGAAGGGAAAGUCAGCUUCAUUGACCGCAUUUACAAGAAAUUCGGCACAGUCGGCUCCGGCGUCUCUAAAUCGCUCUCAGAAACCCUCGGAACUGGAACAGUCGAGCAACGUCUUGCCAAGGACCGCAAGAAGCGCGCAGAUGAAUACGAGCAACAGCGAAAAGACGAGGAUGACCUCAUCCGGAGAGAGCGUAACGAAGCUCGCCGCAGGGAGCACAUGCAAACCCUGGAGAACGAAAGGACCAAGGCGAGCAAUUCUUUGAAGAAUAGCCAGGCGGCUGGUCGCAAAACUAGCGGGCGGCGUGGCUCUCGCCGUGCUUGA